AGUGGGAAUCAAGAUUCAAAACAGGUUGCUCCAGAAAAGUAAAAGGACAACAGAACCAGUUCAUCACAGUGCCAUAAUUUUCAUCUUCUGCUCUCUCUCUCUCUCUCUCUCUCUUUGUGAAAAUGUCAGACGGCGCAUUGACUAUUUUGGACGGGACCCACCUAAGAGCACUUGACCAGACCCUGCCGGACCACGGCCCCGCUUUGACCGGAGCGGAGGUGCUCGACCUCGCUGAUUCCAGAGCCUCGACGGCACUCUUCGGCGUCUCAUUGCCUGAAGCUGUCAAGUCCUCCGCUCUCCAAAGCAUUGACGUCAACGACGUCCUCUCCUUCCGCCACACCCAACUCAGCCGAGACCAAGCUUCCCGGAGUCUGGCAGAUUACCUCAACGCCAUUGCCGAUCGACUAAAAGAUGAUCCACUUGUUAUAUCAAUAUUGGAUGGGAAAAUUCUCCGGUUGUUUUUAGACGACGAGGAUGAUUUUGCGAUGAUAUCGGAGAAUUUGUUCACUGAUUUAGAUGCAGAAGAUAAGGGGAAGAUCAGCAAGGGUGAGAUACGGAAUGCUCUUGUCCUCAUGGGAGUUGAAAUGGGUGUUCCUCCUUUCUCAGCAUUUCCUUUGCUAAAUGAUAUCUUGCGGAAACACGAGCCAGAGGGAGAAGAAGAAUUGGGCCAAGCACAAUUUGCACAAUCACUCCAGCCAGUUCUUCAAGAACUCGCUGAGGCCUUGGCUGAAAAGCAUGUUGUUUGCAUCCGGAACAUCAGGAUCAUCAAUGGUUCUAAGCUGAAAAAGAUUUUGGAUGAUGAGGAGGAAUUGAACAAUGUCGUGAGGAAGAUAGUGGAGGAAAAGCAGAGUGGAAAGGAUAGUGUAGGGAGUUUCGAAUUAAUCAGGGGCUUCCUUGAGAGAAAUGGGAAAGCAUUGGGCUUGCCGCCAUUAGAAGCCGAUGAAGCAGUGGUGCUUCUUUACAAUGCAGUGUUUGCUGAUGUUAAGGAUGGAAAAAGUGAUGUGGACAUAGAGAACAAUAAUUUUGGAAAACUCGUGAAGGAGGUUCUCGAGAAAUUUGCCGAGCAACUUGAAGCUAAUCCCGUCUAUCAUUCUCUUGAUCGUUGAGUUCUGAGGCAGAGACUGUCAUCAGCCCUGAUAUCUAUCAUGUUGGCAGAGCUUGUUGCUGUCUAGGCAGCAUUGCCUAACACACAUUAUCCACCUCCUUACAAUGCAGCCAUCUAUCAAUAAGAGUACAUCUGCAACAUCACUUCUCUACUGGUGGUGUUGGGUUGAUAAAUCAUGUUUCAAGAUGAGAUAUUUUUCCUUUUUUUUUUUUUUUUUUGUUGGGGGGGUUAAAAUAUGUGAGUAACUACAACUAUAUUGCCCUGUGUGGGAAAAAAAAAAAAAAAAAAAAAAAAACAUAAACAAAGUUUUUCAUAUACAGAUUACAGA